AUGGGAGUUCAUGGAUUAUGGCAGUUACUACAAGCAGCAGGUAGACCUGUAUCAUUAGAAACGCUAGAUGGUAAAAUUCUAGCAGUUGAUGUUAGUUUAUGGUUACAUCAAACUAUGAAAGGUAUGAGAGAUAAAGAUGGGAACCCCUUACCUAAUGCUCAUCUGUAUGGUUUAUUUAGUAGAAUCUGUAAACUAUUAUUCUACAGAAUUAAACCAGUCUUUGUAUUUGAUGGUGGAGUACCAACUUUAAAGAAACAAACACUAGUAUCUUUAGAGAAUAUGCAAGAUGAACUACAAACAGAAGGUGAUAUAUUAAGAUAUGAAAUAGGUAAACAAGAUAGAUUAGCUACCUCUAUAACAGAUCAAAUGAAUAUAGAAGCUCAGGAAUUAUUACAGCUAUUUGGAAUCCCCUAUAUAGUUAGUCCUAUGGAAGCUGAAGCACAAUGUGCCUUUCUAGAUCAUUCUAAAUUAACUCAUGGUUCUAUAACUGAUGAUAGUGAUAUCUGGUUAUUUGGUGGAGAAAGAGUUUAUAAAAAUUUCUUUAAUCAGAAACGUCAUGUUGAACUCAGAUGUUUAUCCAGACAUGAAUUAGUAAAUGUAGCGUUACUAUGUGGUAGUGAUUAUACUGAAGGUAUACAGGGUGUAGGUCCUGUUACAGCACUAGAAAUAAUGGCUGAAUUUGCUGGAGAUAAACUUGAUGGCCUCAAACGAUUCAGGUAUUUUGAAUUAUCCAAUGUUUUGAGUAAAUAA